CAUCUUCCCAGUGUCAAUUUUGCAAUCGAGAAGGGCUUUGUUGUUCAAUGUCAGCUGGGACAACAGCGAGCUGGAUUAAGUCCCCGUUCGAUGGUCGAAGAGGUCCUGAUUACUCUAGCAUAAGAUUCUGAGUGAGAGGAAUGCCCUUUUGGAUGCUCAGACAAAAAAAUGUGCUGUGAUUUUUGGCACUCAGUCAAUUUGAUCUGAUUAGCUAAUAAUGGCUUAUUUGCCUUGUAGUUGUCAUAGUAUUAUCAGCAGUCGCAGAUAUAUGGGCAUGAAUUCAGGAAUCGAUUCAGUGAUUGUGACCUCAGGCUUCAUAAGCUUUAAAUCCAGGAGUCUUUUCUUUGGAUCCAUGCAGCCUUAUUGGUUGCCUACAGGGCAGGAGCUAUCUCUUUCAAAAGUUCGUGUUUCUGCAGAUUACUCAGACUCGCUGCCUGAUUCACCUAGGCAUGUGGGAAAUCGAGGUUAUCAUCCUCUUGAAGAAGUGAAAGACCAUGAAAGGAACAAGGAUAUGCUGCUCACAGAUGUUGAAAUAGCUAGGACAACUGUUGAGGCCAAUAGCAAGGCAUUGCUUGUAUUUCCUGGAAGGGUACACAGUGAACCACAUGGACAUGUCUCAUGGGCUGAAUAUCAGUAUGUAAUCGAUGAUUAUGGAGAUAUAUUUUUUGAAUUCUUUGAUGAUGACAACAUCUUGCAAGACCGUGCUGCCAACAACCCUGUGACAAUGCUGAUUGGGAUGGAUGCUCCUAUCUAUGGAGAAAACAAGAUGGCAACUAUUAAUCUUGGUGACCAUAUGGAUGAUGACUAUAUCAUUGAUGUAUCAUUUGAUGAUGAUCAUAAUGAGAUCGGUGAUACAGAAAUAACUGAUACUCUUAUAAAGUGGGGGAUGCCAGAUACAUUGCGUUGGGUUCAUCCAAUGUAUUUUGCAAAAUGUUUGUCGAAGGCAGUUAAUACCAAGCAGGAGAGGAAGAUGGACCGGCCAUCAAAUGGCCUCUCUAUUGUGGGAUGUCUCAGACCUGCUUUUAUAGAUGAAGAAUCUUAUUUAAGGAGAUUAUUCCACAGUAAUGAUGGUGAUGAUUAUAUGUCAGAUUGGAGAGCCCUAUCCCCAAAUCCUGCAGAUGAAUCUGAGAAAGAAGAAGAACAAGUGGCUGGGACAUAUGACUUAGUUGAUGGUGAAAUGUUGAGAUUUAAUUCCAAAUAUGAUGGAGGCAACAUUAGUUCAACUCUCUACAAAUUGGAAAUUAUGUCAAUGGAGCUACAUUCUGUAUAUGGUGGCCAGUCCAUGAUUAGUCUGCAAGAUUUUCAGGAUGCUGAACCUGAUGUUCUUGCACAUUCUGCUUCGGCAAUUAUAGAACGCAGUAAUGAGUAUGGAGUGCAGUGCAAUGCUGCUCUCAGAUCCCUCUGUCGCAGGAGGAAGGGACUUGUUGUUGAGAGAGCAAAUCUGAUCGGUGUCGACAGUCUUGGCAUGGACGUAAGAGUGUUUUCUGGAAUGGAAGCCCAAACUAUUCGUUUUUCAUUUAAUGCUCGAGCUACGUCCGAGAGUGCAGCUGAAAAGAAGAUCAAGCGAAUGCUUUUCCCACGCUAUUACCGUAAAAAGUUAAGAACUCCAAGUGAUGGUGUGAGGGACUCAUAAAUUUUAAAUGUUUCCUUUAUCCUAUAGCCAGGCUCAUAGUUAAAAAUGAUCAUGUUAAUUCUUUAGUAAUAUUAAGUGUGCUUUGUAUUGUUAUGCACACAUGCACUUGUCUACUUCCAACAGCACAUAAAACCAGGAACAGAAUACCUGCAUGAGGCUUCUCACUGUUUGUGAACUUCAGAAAGCGCAGUCUAAGUACCAAAUAAUCAUGCCAUUUUGGUGGCAAGAGUUUGAGUUUGUUGCUAUGUUAGUGAAAAUAUUUGUUCAAUAAAAUUAAUUUGGUUAGAGAUGAUUUUGUCA